GGGGGUCGGUUGAGCGUGGGUCCCUUGCUCCGGAAGUACUGAAUCGUUAGCCUCUGGUCUUCCGGGGCAGAUGCUGUCGUAGCAGCUGGAGGGAGGGGAAGCCAUUUCUUUGCUUCUGGGUGGAGUAAGGCAUAAACCCGGAGAAAAGCGAGAGGAAAUAAAGAGAAAAUAAAAGGGCUCAGCCCCUUCCCUCUGAGCUGAAGAGAGCAAGCACUUCCGGCUGGCGGGUAAGGUCCCGAGGCCCAGAGAUGUUUUCCCUGUCGAGCACGGUGCAGCCCCAGGUUACAGUUCCUCUCAGUCAUCUCAUCAAUGCCUUCCAUUCACCAAAAAAUAUAUCUGUUUCUGUCAAUACAUCCGUUUCUCAAAAACAGCAUCGAGAUACAGUUCCUGAGCAUGAAGCUUCCAGUAGUGAGCCUGUACUUAAUUUAAGAGACCUUGGAUUAUCUGAAUUGAAAAUUGGACAGAUUGAUAAACUGGUAGAAAAUUUGCUUCCUGGAUUUUAUAAAGACAAAAGAUUUUCUUCCCAUUGGCAUACAUCUCAUAUCUCAGCACAGUCCUUCUUUGAAAAUAAAUAUGGUCACUUAGAUAUGUUCAGUAUACUACGUUCCUCUAGCUUGUACAAACAACAUCCAAAAACUCUUCGAAGCAUUUGUUCAGAUCUUCAUUAUUUUCCAGUUUUCAUACAGUCUCGGGGUUUUAAAACUUUGAAAUCAAGGACACGGCGUUUGCAGUCUACCUCUGAAAGAUUAGCAGAAGCACAAAAUAUAGCACCAUCAUUUGUGAAGGGGUUUCUUUUGCGGGACAGAGGAACAGAUCUUGAGAGUUUGGACAAACUUAUGAAAACUAAAAACAUACCUGAAGCUCACCAAGAUGCAUUUAAAACUGGUUUUGCGGAGGGUUUUCUCAAAGCUCAAGCUCUCACGCAGAAGACCAAUGAUUCCUUAAGGCGAACUCGUCUGAUCCUUUUUAUUCUGCUCCUGUUUGGCAUUUAUGGACUCUUAAAAAACCCAUUUUUAUCUGUGCGCUUCCGGACAACCACAGGACUUGACUCUGCGGUAGAUCCUGUCCAGAUGAAAAAUGUCACUUUUGAACAUGUUAAAGGGGUGGAAGAAGCCAAACAAGAAUUACAGGAAGUUGUUGAAUUCUUGAAAAAUCCACAAAAGUUUACUGUGCUUGGAGGUAAACUUCCCAAAGGAAUUCUUUUAGUUGGGCCCCCAGGAACGGGGAAGACACUUCUUGCUCGAGCUGUGGCAGGAGAAGCUGAUGUUCCUUUUUAUUAUGCUUCUGGAUCAGAAUUCGAUGAGAUGUUUGUGGGUGUAGGAGCCAGCAGGAUCAGAAAUCUUUUUAGAGAAGCAAAAACGAACGCACCCUGUGUUAUAUUUAUUGAUGAAUUAGAUUCUGUUGGUGGAAAGAGAAUUGAAUCUCCAAUGCAUCCAUAUUCAAGACAGACUAUCAAUCAACUUCUUGCUGAAAUGGAUGGGUUCAAGCCCAAUGAAGGAGUAAUCAUUAUAGGUGCCACAAAUUUCCCAGAGGCAUUAGAUAAUGCCUUAAUACGUCCUGGUCGUUUUGACAUGCAGGUUACAGUUCCAAGGCCAGAUGUGAAGGGUCGGACUGAAAUUUUGAAAUGGUAUCUCAAUAAAAUAAAGUUUGAUAAGUCUGUUGAUCCAGAAAUCAUAGCUAGAGGUACUGUUGGGUUUUCUGGUGCAGAGUUGGAGAAUCUUGUGAACCAAGCUGCAUUAAAGGCAGCAGUUGAUGGAAAAGAAAUGGUUACCAUGAAGGAACUAGAGUUUUCUAAGGAUAAAAUUCUAAUGGGACCAGAAAGAAGAAGUGUGGAAAUUGAUAACAAAAACAAAACUAUAACAGCCUAUCAUGAAUCUGGUCAUGCUAUUAUUGCAUAUUACACAAAGGAUGCAAUGCCAAUCAAUAAAGCGACAAUCAUGCCACGAGGGCCAACACUUGGACAUGUCUCACUGUUGCCUGAGAAUGACAGAUGGAAUGAAACUAGAUCCCAGUUGCUUGCACAAAUGGAUGUUAGUAUGGGAGGAAGAGUUGCAGAGGAGCUCAUAUUUGGAACUGAUCAUAUAACAACAGGUGCUUCUAGUGAUUUUGAUAAUGCGACAAAAAUUGCAAAGAGGAUGGUUACCAAAUUUGGAAUGAGUGAAAAGCUUGGAGUUAUGACCUACAGUGACACAGGAAAACUAAGUCCUGAAACUCAAUCUGCCAUUGAACAAGAAAUAAGAAUCCUUCUACGGGAGUCAUAUGAACGAGCAAAACAUAUCUUGAAAACUCAUGCAAAAGAACAUAAGAAUCUAGCAGAAGCAUUGUUGACCUAUGAGACUUUGGAUGCCAAAGAGAUUCAAAUUGUUCUUGAGGGGAAGAAAUUGGAAGUGAGAUGAUAACUCUUGAUAUUGCUGGUUUUAUUACAAGAAUAUAUGUAGUCCUGCAGUUUCCUUUUGCAACACUCUUCAACUCUCACUCUUGACUUGGUAUAUAUAAUUGAAGGAUGUGAAACACUUUGUCAAUUAUCUGUCACAUUAUAUGAUUUUGGUUAUUCCUGUGAUGACACCCAUUGGAGAUUAGUAAACCAUAGCAAGUACAUGAAAAGAUCAAUAAAGAGCUGUCAGGAUUAAA